UCAGUUGAGCUGCUAACACAGAGUGAGAGCACGGGUUAAAUAUAGAGCAGAGCCUCAGUGCUGAUGACCGGGAACAAGCAGGCGUAAAGAGAGAGGCUGAACAUCCUGCGGCAAAAAGAGAACUUAUUUUAUUUCAGCUCAGAGAAAGAGUCUGUUUAUUCUCAUCUCUGCCCUCGCACGAUCCCCUCCUCUCUCUCUGUCUUCAGUUCUCACUCAUACUCUCUCAGCCAGUGAGCAUACAGCCCAAACUUGGAGAGGACAAAGCUUCACCAUGCUCCAACUUUGGCAGAAAAGGAGACACAGUGAAGGCUGGAUUUAAGAUUUAAAGGAAAGAAGACAGACACGCUGGUGUGGUGAGUGCUGGAGAAGAAGUGAAGUAUUAAUAAGGACCGGAGUCAUUUUGGGACCGAACAGCUGUGACACUAAGAGCUACCAGGUAAAAACAUGCGAUCCAGGACCUGCACCAUGGAAGGUCCAGAUGAUGGACACAUCCAGCCCAGUAAAGGUUUCAUCAAGCAGGAAGAUGAAAACAUGUCGGAGCUGACGAAGAGGAAGAUGAAAGUUCACAGAGAGGAGAAGGAUGGGAGGACGGGAGUGUCGGGCUCAGUGAAGAAACCUCAGAAAGCUGCAGAGAGCCAGAAGCCAGCAACACCAGAUCUGUCCGAGAAGGACCUGCUUCACCUGCUAGGAGUCAUGGAGGGAGAAGUUCAGGCCAGAGAGGACAUCAUCGGGCUACUGAAGUCGGAGAGAACCCGUCCUGAGACUCUGGAGGCCCACUACGGCUCCGCUGUGCCCACCAAACCCCUGCAGGCCCUGCAGAGAGACGCCCUGCUCACCCACAGUGGCAGCAGCACAGACGAUGUGUACGAGAAGCCCAUGGCUGAGUUGGACCGUCUGGAGGACAAACAGAAGGAGACGUACAGACGGAUGCUGGAGCAGCUGCUGCUGGCUGAGAAAUGCCACCGCCGCACCGUCAUGGAGCUGGACAACGAGAAGCAAAAGCACGCAGACUUCAUCAACAAGAGUGACGACUUCACCAACCUGCUGGAGCAGGAGAGAGAGAGACUCAAAAGGCUUUUGGAGCAGGAGAAGGCUUACCAGGCUCGUAAGGACAAGGAGCACAGCAGAAGACUAGAGAAGGUCAGAGCAGAGCUGGUGAAGCUCAAGUCCUUUGCCCUGAUGUUGGUAGACGAGCGGCAGCUGCACAUUGAGCAGAUCGACCAGCAGAGCCAGAAGAUCCAGGACCUCACUCAGAAGCUUCAGGAAAAAGAGCAGCGACUGGCGUCUGUCAGCGACACUGCCAAGGAAAGCAGCCAGAAGGUCCUAAAGCUGGAGGCCGAGCUAGAGCAGAGAGCAGCAAAGUUCACACAGGAGCAUGAGGAGAUGACCGCCAAGCUGGCGAAUCAGGAGUCCCAGAGCCGGCAGCUGAGGCUGAAGCUGGCUGGACUGACACGCAAGAUUGAAGAGCUGGAAGAGAGCAACAAGGUCCUGCAGAAAUCAGAGGAGGACCUGCAGGAGCUGAGGGAGAAGAUCAGCAAAGGAGAGUGUGGGAACUCUUCACUCAUGGCCGAGCUGGAGAAUCUGCGUAAGAAAGUGUUGGAGAUGGAGGGCAAAGAUGAGGAGAUUACCAAAACAGAGACUCAGUGCAGGGAGUUGAGAAAGAAGCUGCAGGAAGAGGAGAACCACAGCAAGGAACUGAAGUUGGAAGUUGAGAAACUCCAGAAGAGAAUGGCUGAAUUGGAGAAACUGGAGGCAAUCUUUAACAGGAGCAAAACGGAGUGCUCACAGCUUCAUGCAAACCUGGAAAAAGAGAGACGUGUCGUGAAGGAUUUGGCCGGUGAGCUGGAGAUGGUGAAAACCCGGAUGAAGGAACUCGAGUCCUCAGAGUCAAAGUUCGAAAAAGCGGAAAUGGCCCUUAAAGAUGAGCUCGUGAAGCUGAAGUCCUUCACAGUUAUUCUGGUAGAUGAACGCAAAAACAUGGCAGAAAGACUCAAACAGGAAGAGCUGAAAAGUGAUGAUUUAAGUAAGAUGUUCAAAGCAGAGCAGGGGAAGGUGACAGAGGUCACAGAGAAGCUGAUAGAGGAAAGCAAAAAAGUUCUGAAAUACAAAUCGGAGAUGGAGAUCCAGGUGACGACGCUUACCAAAGAGAGAGAUGAGUUAAAGAAUAAACUGGCAGGUGAAGAGGAAAAGUGUAGGGAGCUAAAUGGCAAGCUGAGUGGGAUGAAGAUGACGAUAGACAGACUUGAGGAAACAGAGAGGGAAAUGCAGAGAAAGCGGGCCAGCAAGGAAAAUAACCAAAAUCCAGAAGAAGAUAACAAAGUAAUAGAGCUCACGCUAGAAAUCGAAAGACUGAAGAGCCGGCUCAAACAUCUUGAGGUGGUUGAGGGCGAUUUGAUGAAAACCGAAGAUGAGUAUGAUCUGCUUGAAAAGAAAUUCAGGACAGAGCAGGAUAAAGCAAACGCUCUAUCAAAGCUUCUGGAAGAGAUGAAAAGUCAGAUUGCCCGAAACAAAGCCAUAGAGAAAGGAGAAGUCAUGAGUCCUGAGGCUGAGCUGAGAAUUCGCUGCAAGAUGGAGGAGGCCAAAACCAAAGAUCUGCAGGCAGAUGUUCUGGCUUUAAAGGAGAAAAUCCACGAGCUGAUGAACAAAGAAGACCAGCUCUCCCAGCUGCAGGUUGACUUCUCUUUCCUCCAGCAGAGAUUUAUGGAGGAGGAAGAGAGGAAUAAGAGCAUGAGCCAAGAAAUGCAGAACCUCAACAAGGAGCUUGAAGCUGCCAAGCGGUACAGUCGUGCCUUGAGGCCAAGCAUGAAUGGCAGGAGGAUGGUGGAUGUCCCAGUUACCUCCACAGCCGUUCAGACAGAUGUGAUGGCCAGCGAGCCUGCAGAGGACGAGACGGCAGCGGGCUUUAUCCGGAAAUCAGUUCUUGAGGAGAACCACUUGAUGAGUAACCUCAGGCAACACAGUCUCAAGAAGCCAACAGUUCUUGAACGAUACCCUCCAGCUUCAGCGGAACUUGGAGCCAAAAAAUCUUGGAUACCCUGGAUGAAAAAGAAGGAGGCCAUCACAAUCACUCAGACCACUCCUGAGAAGAUCCACGGGGUCUCUUUGCUUCAUCCACCGGAGGCAACCAUGUCCCAAAAACCGGGUCAGCCACUUCAUAUCAGAGUGACCCCGGAUCACGGGAACAGCACUGCCACCUUGGAGAUCACCAGCCCUCGAGCUGAAGAUUUCUUCUCCAGCACCACCAUCAUCCCGACUCUCGGUCUUCAGAAACCCCGCAUCACAAUCGUCCCUAAACCCACGACCGUGACCUCAAAGACCAAAACCUGUGACGGAAUGGAAGGUCUCAGUCGAGCCAAAUCUCCUGUCACAAUCACCACCAUCUCCAGAGCAAAGAGUCCAGAGAGGAAUGGCGGGAGCAGCCAUCAGUCACCAGUGUCCAUCAUCACCGUCAGCACCACCCCUGUGGCUGAAGCGUGUGCUUUAUCUGAGCCUCACGAAGUUUCCACAGGCCGCACAGUAAUCAAGGUGACCCCAGAGAAGCAGCCUGGAACUACACCUGUCAGGAAAUACAACAGCAACAUCAUCACAACGGAGGACAACAAGAUCCACAUCCACCUGGGUCCACAGUUUAAGAGGCCGUCUGAGGCCUGCAGCAGUCCUGUGCUGACACUCAGGCCAACUGGCCUGAGUUCAGAAAGCAGAGAAACAGGAACAGUUCUCCGCUCUCCACGCCAAGCCUCAGCGGGGAAAACCACUCCGAGCAAAAUGACAAGCAGCAUAACGAUCACGCCUAUCACCUCGGCCGCCUCCAGGCCAACGCAGUCAGUGUUGCUUCUGAAAUGUUUCAAAAUGAAAACAGGUGGUCUGUGCUUCCUAGAUAGCACUCUGUCCAGCCCAGUGCAGAUGUGCAGUAUAGUCGGAGCACCGCCACACGGAUCCCUGUGUCAAAAGGUUCACUGAUGGAUGCUGGCACAGUAAAUUGGCGCCGCUGAGCCAUGAAGAAUGGUGAAGAUGAUGGGAGACUUUUAACAACAAAAACAAGAAGAAAAAAAAAAAAUCAGAAGCUUCAGUACAUGAUGCAAACAGUCACACCUCCCACUUCUAAUGAUUCCCAUCCCCCCCUUUGUGUUCACAAACAAACACCUUCCAUUAGUGGAAUAAAUUAACACCAUAAAAUGGAAUUAUUAUUAUUUGGGGGCUUUUUAUCCUUUAUUAUAACAGGGAAGCCAGGAGAGAGAGGAGUAGGAAAACACUCAGUUAAUUCAGAUGUGGGGCUUGGCAAUUGCCUUGUGGCUUAUUUGUAUCUGCUCAACCCAGUGAGGUGUACUGGCACGCUGUUUUAUUAGGCAUCAAAUCGUUAACAAUUUUAGUCUGUAUUGCCAGGCAGGAGCAGAGGAAGGUUUCAGAGAAGAUUUAUGGAUGUAGUGAAAAAGGACAUACAGAGGAUUGGUAUGGAUGAGAUGGGAUGAUGUAGAGGCACUGUGGUAAUCCACUGAGGCGACCCUUAAAGGGAACAGUGGAAAGAAGAAUAAGUUUUUCUCUUUUUUUUUUUUUUUUUUGCUAAAUCAGUUUUAAAACAUAUAUAAAAUGAAAUAAAAAACAACAACAAAACAAACAAACCUGUUUUGAAAGUUGCUGAAUAUCCUGCAGUUGGACAUGAAGAUAAUGAAUGACAUACAGUGUCUCUGAUGGUUUAUUUGCCAUAUUAUUUAUGUGGAUGUGAACAUAUGCAUACAGUGCUUGGAAAUUUCAAUUCGAAUCCUUGAACAUCUCGCUUUUUGUUAUUCUUUUUCAAUAUACAUGAUGUAUGCUGUUUGAAGCCUACGUGAUGGCUUUCUGAGACUUUAUUCACACACACGGAUAUUGUCAGUGAAGAACUUCUUCAUGUUGAUAGAAUUAAAUCUGACAAUAAAAUUCUACCAGCAGUGAAA